CUAAACGAUGUCAUAAAAUUUUGAAAAGGGACUUGAUAAUUACAAAAAUGAAAAAGGAGAUCGUACACAAAUCAAAGAGAGUAAAUUCUUAACUAGAUAGGAGAUAUAUUUAAUACCUUGAUGAAUAAUUCUUAACUUAACAAAAGUUUACAUUCUUAAUCUGUAUAACAUAAAUUUGAAGAAGAAAAAAAAAGAGUUGUUUCUCAUCUUAUCCUCCUUCAAUCUAACUCUUUGAAUCCCCGUGGAUCUCAGGGCGGAGAGAAUGAGAAGCUCAGGCUGUUGUUUUGCUUGGUUGUAGACUUGUUGCUUCUCUAAACAAAGCUUUCGGUUGGAGUUGAUGAUGUUACAAUUAAUUUUGGUUUGGAAAAGGGCUUCUCUUAUCAUCAGCAACUAGCUAACCGGUUUCAACCUCUGCUACUCAAACUGAGGAGCCAUGCCAGUCUUGUUACUUGCCUGACACUUGAGCAUAAAUGGAGAAUCGCAUAGAUUAGCUGUGCCUGUAAUCUGCUGGGAUUUGUUCCUCGUGUCUUGGUCACUAAGGUGAAGCUCGGGAUUGCUGCGCUGAAGUACUGGGGCCUUGACAAACUGAGCCUUCACAAAUCAAUAUUUUGGUCCAUAUUUUUAACAGUAGGGAAACGGGAAAUGGGCAACAGACUUGGGCCAAGCCCAGUUUUUUUAAUUUUUAUUUUUAACGUACAGGUACAGCUUUCAUUUUCCUUCUCUUAUUCCAUUCUCAAGGCCUUGUUGCUGGAGCAUAACUUGGCUUUGGACACUUACCAGACCACUACAUUAAACUGUGGUCUAAACAGCCCACCUGCACGAAGCAGUUUAACCGGGAGCCGGGAGUUCUAAGCAGGCCACAACAGGUUAUUUUGUCACAUUGGGGAGUCCCUUUGAUUCGUGUCACAACGACAAAUUCAUCGACGAGGAUGUAUUGAGGAUUGGAACCAAGAUCUAAUGAUUGAUUCACUUGCGAGUACUCAUAUGAUUUCUCUGAUUUCGAUAGGUAAACUAUAAUCACGAGACACUAUCAUAAUCACGAGGAGGAUGAACAAGAUAGUCUGACUACUCAUUUACAACAUAACAACUUUACGUAAUGUAAUUCAGCGUUAUACCAAAUACGACGUCGUGUUGUAUGUUGAGGUUGGAUUGUGUUGGAUGGGUUUUGGCCUUUUGGGUGAUGUGAAGGGCAAGGAGUGGUAAUUCACUACUUUGAGGGAUAAAGGCUGCCAAGUCCAAAGUCCCAACAGGGCAAGGGGCAGGCAUACAGCAAAAGUGCAAAACCGCAACAUGUCUUCCUGUCCUGAUCAGUAACCUACCAAAUUCCGAUACAAACCACGCUCCUUCUUUCAUCUCCCCAGCUACCUGCUACACAACCCUAAUCACAAUAAUUGAUUUCUUUCAAAAGAUCAUUCCCCUCCCCUUCGCAAUCACCGCUUGAUUGCUUCCCCCUUUCUUUAUUGGUUAAAAGAGACUACGCGAUUGAUUAGCAAGAAGCUUAAUUCGCAAACAUUCCGAGGUUCUUUUCUUGUUCUUCGUUUGAAUUGGACUCGCAAUCUCAAACGGUUACUACCCAAUCUGUAAGUAGUUCGUUUGCUGCAGAAAGUUGUCAUCUUUUCCCUUUUUCCAGCUUGAUUUGUCCUUGCCCUUGCCGAUUCCCUGAUCCUCCUGCUUUUCUGUUGAAUUUCUAUGCUAUGGGGGUUGUCUCGUUUAAAAAAGGGUUCUGGAUUGUUGAUGUUAGAUAUGGGGAGUCAUUUGUUAGUUGUUGAUUUCGUUUCCUGUGUGUUGAGUAGGUGGCAUCUCUUUGUUGCCUGAGAAGGAAGGAAGAGUCCGACAGGCGACAAAAAGGGCAAGUGAUGUGUUAGUGUACAGCUUAUCAGUUACUUAUAGUCAAGUAAGCUUCCCUUUUCUGCAUAUGUCGAAUGAUCCGGUGGAAUUUUCAGCAGCUACAUGGGAUUGAUGGAUGAUGUUGCUUUUGUUGCAUUUUCUUGUAUGUUCCCUUGUUUUAUUGCACUUGGCCCUGAAACCCACCAGCAGAGCCAGAGUAUAUUAGGAGGUGUUGCUCCACCAAAAGAAACAAGAGCAAUGGCGGAAUUGGUUGGGCCAAGGUUGUACAGUUGCUGUAAUUGCAGGAACCAUGUUGCCCUUCACGACGAUGUCAUUUCCAAGGCUUUUCAGGGAAGACAUGGACGAGCAUUUCUAUUCUCGCACGCGAUGAAUGUUGGCAUAGGGGCGAAGGAGGAUAGGAACCUAAUGACUGGUCUCCACACAGUUGCUGAUGUCCACUGCAGCGACUGCCGAGAAGUGCUUGGCUGGAAAUAUGAACGAGCUUACGAAGAGACGCAGAAGUACAAAGAAGGCAAGUUCAUUCUUGAGAAGUCCAAAAUCGUCAAGGAGAAUUGGUAGCACUCCCCAAUCCGGAUAAAUAAGUAAAAGAAACCAGCACAUCAUCAUCUGUAUUAUAUAUAUAGCUUUGCUUUCUUCCUUGUGCUGCUGAUAUCAGCUAGUUAUAUGUGUUUGUUACUCUGUAUGUGAAUUGUGAAGAGAAAUGGGGAGGAGAAGAAGGAACGAAAAGGAAAGGAAGCUCAACAAUUGCAAAUAUAGGCUUCCUUCCUGU